CCAUCUCGCCCGCCCGUAGUGACCGCCGGCCAGGGCAAAAGGCUGCUAUCAAUCUAUGCGUGAGCCGGAAUGGGUCAACCGAGCCGUCUCCACACGGACCCCGGCGGGGCUAAGCUCUCUCUCCCUCGCCCUCCUUUCCAUCCUCUCCUUAUAAUGAUGCGUUGCACGGAUUCCACCGCUCGUGUCAAUCACCGACGCCAUGUCAGAACAGGCUGCUCCGCACCGCCCUGAGAACUACUACGCCGAUGCCGACUGGGCCAAAUACGCUCAGCUGCGCCCUCACUAUCCGGCAGAGAUCUUCUUUCUCCUCUCCAGCUAUCUCGAUCAAUACAACCCAGCCAAGGCAGGUGCUCGACGAGCCAUCGAUUAUGGCUCCGGCUCUGGAGUCAUUGUGCGUGAUCUACUCGAGCGAUGUGGGGUGGACCAGGUCCUCGCUACCGACUUGAAUGCCAACGCCUUGGAGGAGGGGCAGCGCAUCCUCGGACCGGAGCUAGGAGAGCGAUACUCGACGCUGGCCGGCAGGGCUGGGCAUUUGGAUCCGAAGGAUGUGCCAGACGAGAGCUUCGACCUCGUCGUUUCCGCUGAGGCUGCACACUGGUUCGAUCAGGAGGAGUGGAUCAAGGAAGCUCACCGUAUCCUGCGUCCAGGCGGUACGCUUUGCGCUUGGUUCUACCCGUUCCCGGCCUACAUUUUGGAUUGCCCGGCGGCCGUAUAUCCGCUCUGGAGGAUGUGGCUGUGCGCACGAUGUAGCGAGGAGGCGAAACAGAGGCGUCGAUGACUGACGUCCCUCUCCUCUCGCCCCGCAGCUACAUCAUUCGCUACGGCGACGAGAGCAUGCCGAAUCAUCUCCCUUCUGGUCUCUGCAAUGCGGCGGCCAGCCUCUUCUCCAGUAUGCCUCUGCCCGAUUCGGACUGGAAAGACCACGUCCACGUCAAACGCAUGCUGCCCGUCGCUUCGGUACAGGCGCACUACGCGAGCAUACCCGUUGAAGCUCUGGCUCGUAACUUUGACCCCACAAAGCUUGCGGAUGGACUGCGAGGCCAUGAGGCGACGAGCGAUAUCAAGACGGCAACCACUUCGACGGAGGUGCUGCUGAAGGAGAGGGGUUGGAAUAUGGAGAAGUUCCUAGGCUACAUCU